AUGGCGACCUGUCAAGACAUGAGUGAAGAGCGCUUCGACGCUUCGGAUCUGAGUACGCUUGAGGCAGGCGGCACGAGAACGGGCACGAGAACCGGCACUGCUUUCGGCAUCCACAAUUACGGCGAAAGUGGCCAUCAUGGCAUCCAUUUCCAGCACUUUGUUCGCACCUGCUUCAACCAUUCGGCGCCGUGCAGAUAUUUUAAUAUCCUCUGGGUGGUCGUACCAGCAGCCAUUGUAAUUGGCUUCGUGAAGCGCCACGACGAGUCGGGCAGCUGGCACCUCGCAAUCUUCAUCCUCAACUAUGUCGCCAUGGUGCCAGCAGCGAACUUGAUUGGGUUCGGCGGCGAGCAGAUCGUCCGCAAAGUCUACAACGUGGUUGGGCUGAUCAUUGAAACCACCCUAGGCUCCAUUGUUGAGAUGGUUGUCUUUACAAUUCUGAUCACUCGGACCGCGACGGACACAUUCGAUCCGAUUCAGAUCAUCCAGGCAGCGAUUCUAGGUUCUGUUCUUGCAAAUUUGUUGUUCUGCAUUGGCCUGUGUUUCUUUAUUGGCGGCAUGAAGCGCGAAGAGCAGCAGUUCCAUGCCGCCAUUGGUGAGGUCGGCGGUGGGCUCAUCCUGGUUGCUGGAAUGGCUUUGAUCCUUCCUUCUGCAUACAUCAACACCCUUCAAGAUACCGAGUAUGGCGGGACCGGAGAUUUUGAUGUGGAUGGUCUUAAGAUCAGCCGUGGGACCGCCUUCAUUCUCCUGGCCUCCUACAUGGUCUACCUCUGGUACCAAACAAACUCGCACCGCAGCCUGUACUCGGACGUGUUCAAUCAUGAUUUGCUUGUGGGCGACAACCACGACAAAGCCGUCGAGGAGGAGAAGCUGAGCUUAAGCGAAUGCCUUUUGGCUCUGGUCAUUUCAAUCACCUGCGUCUGCUGCAUUGCUUACCUGCUCGUGGAUCAGAUUCACUUUAUCGUUGAGGAGCGUCACGUCAAGGACGCAUUCGUUGGUCUGAUUCUCGUGCCAGUCAUCGAAAAGGCCGCCGAGCAUCUGACGGCAGUCGGAGACGCGUCUGAUAAUCGCAUGAACUUCGCACUGUUUCACGUCAUUGGAUCUUGCAUCCAGACUGUGAUGCUCAUCACUCCCAUCAUCAUCUUUAUCGGUUGGGGUGUUGGGAAAGACAUGACCUUGGCUUUUGAGCCUUUCCAGGCAAUUGUUCUCAUCCUUGCCAUUUUGGUGGUCGGCGGCUUUUUGCGAGACGGUAAGAGCGACUAUCUUCGGGGCUUUCUCUGCCUCGUGGCGUACCUCAUCAUUGCCGUCUGUUCGUAUUACUAUCCCAACCCAACCAAAGAGUCCGCACACUUUUCAACUCUGGUGUUGAAUCCGACAUGA